CCAUCAUGGCGGCUUCCAAUUCCUUCUUCUAGCAAAUGUUUGGUGCUUUUUCCAGAUGGAGGGAACCAAAAAAUUGCAGCAAGCUAUGCUUCCAGCAGCAGGGAUCCUUUGCAUCCUCGUUUUCUUAGGCUUGGUUCUAUCAUUUAGUGGCGAUCAAGCCCGCAAUCAAGCCCGCGAUCAAGCCAUUCUGGAAGAGAACAUUGGUGUCACCGAAAAUUCAUGGUUAGCAGCGCAUGCAUCAAACUCGAGCACCACCAUGGACGAUGGCGGGCAUGGUCCCAGCAAGGAUAACUUCGAUUUCCAGAGCCUCUCGGUCACCAGCAACUUUAGCGUGAAAGAGCUCCAAAACCUCAAGAAGAUCCUCCACAGAGCGCAAUUCCACAACAAGACCGUGAUCCUCACCACUCUCAACCAGGCAUGGGCAGAAAACAAUACCAUGAUCGAUCUCUUCCUCGAUGGCUUCCACAAGGGAAUCGAGACCGAGCGGUUCCUCCCUCAUUUGGUGAUCAUCGCCCUGGACUCGCCCUCGUUCCAGCGCUGCGCCCAAAUCCACCGGCAUUGCUUCCUCCUGCGCACCGAUGGCAUCAAUUUUGCGGGCGAGCAGAAGCGCUUCAUGACCCCCGACUACCUCGAGAUGAUGUGGAGGAGGAUCUACUUCCUCCGCGUCGUUCUCCAGCUCGGCUAUAGCUUCGUGUUCACGGAUGCUGAUAUUCUCUGGUUUCGCGAUCCAUUCCCUCAAUUCCAUCCCGUGGCGGACUUCGAGAUCGCAUCGGAUCACUUCACUGGAAUCGACAACGAUUUGAACAACGCUCCAAACGGGGGAUUCGUCCACGCUGUGUCCAGCAACAGGACGAUCGCGCUCUACGAGCUGUGGUAUGACGCGCGGCUGCGAUUCCCUGGCCGCCACGACCAGGACGUGCUCAACGACAUUAAAUUCAGCCCGGAGUUCUCGGCCCUGGGACUGAGGCUGCGAUUCCUCAGCACAGAGUUUUUUGGAGGGUUUUGUGAGCGUCCAAAGGAUCUGGGGCUCGUUUGCACCAUGCACGCCAAUUGCUGUGGAGCAGGCCUGGAGAACAAGCUCCAAGAUCUCCAGCUCGUAGCAGAGGAUUGGAAUCUCUGGAAGUUCAUGACUCAAGAACAAAGAGACAAGUAUAAGAUCGAAUGGAGAGUUCCCAGGCAUUGCUAGAGGCCUGGGAUUA